GGUUCAACAUUAAUGGCUCGUACCAAGCAGACCGCUCGUAAGUCUACAGGAGGUAAAGCUCCCAGGAAGCAACUGUCCACCGUGGUUGCGAGGAAAUCAGCACCAAUAACUGGAGGAGUUAAGAAGCCACAUCGUUAUCGUCCAGGGACUGUUGCUCUUCGUGAGAUCAGGAAAUACCAGAAGAGUACCGAACUUUUGAUCAGGAAGUUGCCUUUCCAGAGAUUAGUUCGUGAAAUUGCUCAGGAGUUCAAAACAGAUCUUCGGUUCCAGAGCCAUGUCGUUCUUGCACCUCAGGAGGCUGCUGAAGCUUAUUUGGUUGGAUUGUUCGAGGAUACCAACUUGUGUGCAAUUAAUGCCAAGAGAGUUACAAUCAUGCCUAAAGAUAUUCAGUUAGCAAGGCGCAUUCGUGGUGAAAGGGCUUAA